AAACGAUUACAUCUCUGCCACUGUUUGUAUAACUGUAUAAUAUGACCAUGUUGAGCUCUGCAGGUUAAUACACACUGUGUCUUUAAGAACGACAGGGGGGCCUGUAACCCUCCCUCCCGAACCUACUGAAGACAAUUCAACCAAGAGCUCAGAGCCCACGUUUCAGAGCCACGACUAACAUCAUCACUGCUUGACAGGGAGAGAAACAGCAUGACACUCAAGGAGGAGUUGAAGAGCCGCCGAUUCUGGCGCGCAGUCCUGGCUGAGACCCUCGGCUCUCUGAUCUUUGUGAUGGCAGCGCUGGGCUCCUCUCUGCCCAGUCCAGGGCAGGGCUGCUCGGUUCCCCUGGUCCAGCCAGCUCUGGCGGUCGGGUUCACAGUGGUGGGGCUGGGUCACUGCUUCGGGGAGAUCAGUGGAGCCCAGAUGAACCCUGCAGUCACCCUGGCCUUCCUUGCCACCCGCAAACUAGACAUUCUCCGAACAGCCUGCUACAUCCUGGGCCAGUGUCUGGGAGCCACGCUGGGGGCUGGGAUCCUGUACCUCACCCUGCCUCUGAAGUCUGCAGCAGAGUGCUAUGUGAACAAGGUGAACUCAGAGGGCAAUGCUGGCCAGGCUCUGGGGAUGGAAGUCCUUGUCACCUUCCAGCUGGUCUUCACCAUCUUCUCUGUGGAGGAUCACAGGAGGAGAGAGGUGGGGGAGCCAGGGAACCUGGCCAUCGGAUUGUCAGUGAGCGCCGGCGUGCUCACGGCGGGUCGUUUCUCCGGAGGCAGCAUGAAUCCCGCUCGAUCCCUGGGCCCUGCGAUAAUCACCGGGAUCUGGGAGCAUCACUGGGUGUACUGGAUCGGUCCCAUGCUGGGUGCAGUCCUGGCUGGACUCUCUCAUGAGUUCUUCUUCGCAGCCAGCGCGUCUCGCCAGAAGCUGAUCGCCUGCCUCACGUGUAAAGACAUUGAGAUCAUGGAGACGGCUAGCGCGUCACGGUCCUCACUGUCCACCGUCACACAGUCCGCCAUGCGGGCCAAACACACCAACAAGAAUGACCACAACUGACCAGGGACUGACCAAAGCAACCAAUAACACACCUGACCCAGUGACUGACCAAUGUUACAACCUAAACUUACUAGCAACCAAGCACUGAUUAGCACCAGCAACCGUCCAGACAUUGAAUAAGAAUAAGAUAUCCAGCUGGUUUCACAGACCCUGAUUAGCACGAAUCUUGGACUGUCCAAUGUUACUUUAGGUGGUGCUAAUCAGGAUCCAGAUGAUCAAGUCAUUAGUCUGCAAAUUUAAUUACGUUAAGAUUCAUAUGUUAGUCUCCCAGUGUCUCCCCUGGUAAAGGCACGACCAUGUGGUGUGCAGGGUGAGUCACAUAGUCAGGGGAGUGCAGGUUCCUGGCUGUGUGGAGUGGCUGGUCUUCACUGGGGUUUCCAGAGGGAGCAUCACAUUGGCUCUGGUGCUCUCGUGGGUUCAGGAGGCAAAACCGGCAGAGACUGUUUCUCCUCAUCAUGAUACAGCGGACCCUACCAGCCAGGCACCCAGGGAGCUCAGAGCAGACACCUGCAGGGCUGGGGAACACAAGGCCACUUUGUGACUUGGAACUUGGUUUCAGGAGACUAGGUUUCAGGCCUGUUCCUGAAAAAGUGGCUUUGUGCUCCCUCAGCUUAAGGUAUAAGUCUGCCAUCGCUGUAAUUUUAAAUUAAAAUCAAGGAUAUUAUAUAACACAGUUCAGAGACCUCUAAUAAAAGGUUGUAUUCAAUAUAUUUAUCUCUUUUCUAAAAUACAACAAUCCUCCACAGAUAAAAACAGAUGACAACAUAAUUUUAAUUUAGGUACACAUUUUGACUUCUAAAAAGCCGGUGUUUAAAGAUGUAUAUAUAAAAAUCCUUCACAGGAACUCCACAAAAAAGCACCUAAAUGCUCCUCACAACACUUGACACAGAAUGUCCACUCAACUAAAUGAUCUAUCAUUGUAACCAGCAUAUACACUGACCCGUUACUGAGCAAGCAUUGACCAGACCAACUACUGACCAACCCCUGACCAGAGAAUGACCCGCAGCAACAAGCAACAUAGUGUACAUUUUGUUUCAUGAGAUUUAUAUAUAGCCCACAGUGCCUCUAGGUGGCCUAAUCAUGUAAUUGUCUUGGAAUGUUUUUGAGAGUGACACCAGGUGGUGGGAAAUUGUAAACUGCAAUAAGCGUCAUACACAGAAAGUUUUCAUUUUUGUUAGUUCUGAACCAUACACUGUAAUAUUUACUAAUAUUACAUGUUUUAUUUAUUCAUUUUGAUUUACAAUUUAAGUAUUUUUUAAUAUUUUAGUACAGUACCAGGAUAAAAUGCAGCGAUAAUUCUCCCAAGUACAAUGAAAGUAUAUUUAAACCUACUGUACAUUUAUAGUGGAAUUCAGACUUCCCUGGGAUCAAACUCCGAACCUGCUUGGCAACCUAAUUUGGAGCAGUGUGAUUCACAGUCAUUCUGACGUUGGAUUUGAAUGAAUGCGAGAUUCCAUAAUGAAAAUGUUAUUAAUGCUAGAACUCUAAACACUUCUAAAAAGGCUUUGGUGUUCCGGGGUCGCACCAGAUAGGUCUUGUACUGUAUUGUAUACAGGGCAAUGCUCACAGGAGGCAUACACUUAUCAGAGGAAUAGACGUAGAUUGCAAACUAUUUCAGGCCCAAGAAAACUGUACUUUUGUAAAAAUGUGCACUAAUCUAAAUUCACUGCAGCCCUCUAAUGGACUACAUAUCCUGUUUGAUCACCCGGUGAGCUCAAAGCAGACUCCUGCAGCGUUGGACUUUGUCCUCCAGGGGGCGGUGGCUCACCUCCACUGUGGAGCUCCGGGGUGUGAGAGGUGAUUGGCUUGGGGACCCCCGCUGACCUUCAGCUCUCCUGAGCUGUGUGGGGCUUUGCUGUGGUGAAGAAGCAUUACUGGUGAAAAACAAGGGCACAAUAAACUGAAAAAAAUCUAAAUAUCUGUUGUACGUUCUAAGAUAAGAAAUGCACUGAAGCUACCAUUUUAAAUGAUUGAAUUAGCUUUCAAAUGUGUAAUAAUACCUACUUCAGAAACAAAUGAAGAAAUGGCUCUAAAAUGAAGCUUAAAUGUAGUCGUGUAUAAUCACAGAAUGUAUUUCAAUGUUUUAUUAUGGUAUGUGUUUUUAUCCCAAUGCAAAGUUAAUGACUCAAAACAAACAAAGUCUCUUCUGUAUCUGAUAAAGUGCCAAAGUUCUGGUGCAAUGCCAAAUAAUUGGCAUAUCAAAAGUAUUCUGUGCUUUGUAUGGAUUUUAUGAGCUAGUGUUUAAGUUUUUCAAAUGUGUAACUUGAACCUUUAUUUUUGUAUAAAUGUAUGUAUACCAGAGAACUGAAUACAAGAAUGACUUUAUAGUGGUACAGUGCGCACAUGUAUUAGAACACCCUAUUGCUUUUAUAAGUGUGGAGUAGUGAUUAGGGCUCUGGACUCUUGACCGGAGGGUUGUGGGUUCAAUCCCAGGUGGGGGACACUGCUGCUGUACCCUUGAGCAAGGUACUUUACCUAGAUUGCUCCAGUAAAAACCCAACUGUAUAAAUGGGUAAAUGUAUGUAAAAAUAAUGUGGUAUUUUGUAACAAUUGUAAGUCGCCCUGGAUAAGGGCGUCUGCUAAGAAAUAAAUACAAAUAAUACAGCAGUGUGCACAUGUAUUAGAACACCCCAUUGCUUCUGUAUUAGAACACCCCAUUGCUUCUGUAUCAGAACACCCCAUCGCUUCUGUAUUAGAACACCCCAUCGCUUCUGUAUUAGAACACCCCAUUGCUUCUGUAUUAGAACACCCCAUUGCUUCUGUAUUAGAACACCCCAUCGCUUCUGUAUUAGAACACCCCAUUGCUUCUGUAUCACAGCACCCCAUUGCUUCUGUAUUAGAACACCCCAUCGCUUCUGUAUUAGAACACCCCAUUGCUUCUGUAUUAGAACACUCCAUUGCUUCUGUAUCAGAGCACCCCAUUGCUUCUGUAUCAGAGCACCCCAUUGCUUCUGUAGUUUUGAUUUGUUGUGCAUGUGAAAUCAAACCACUGGAACUGAACAUUUUGGAAAAUUGUCAAAAUAGGUACAUUAGUGAUUGUCUAAUUUAACUGAUGACUUUAAUAGGCCACACCUGCAAUUAAUUAAAUAUAGUAAAAGAAAAGGAACACAGAGCCACUAAUUAUAAAAUGCAGGAGACUUUUUAGAAGUUGUUUAAGAUGGAUAAUUAAAGCACAAAGCGGUCAAACAUUUUCACACAUCAGUGUCUAAUUGUUUCUAUAUCACUAUUCUCACCCCCUGAGGUGCAGGUUGGUAUAUAAAGGAUCUAAAUGACACAUCUUGAGGUGUUCUAAUAAAUGUGCACACGACUGUAGGUGGCUCUAACUAUUCUGACAAAUCCUACUGUGGUGUGUAAUAACAGAACUGCUGUGAAUAGUUUUAAUAUAUCCUUAUAAUGUGUGGUUUUGUACAUGAGUAACUAUAGAGGGUCUUUGUUUAAAAGUUUAAAAAGUUUACUAUCUGAAAUGACGUUGAAAUCACUGCCAAAAAAGUUUUCUUUAUUGAAUAUUCAACAAAUAAAAUAU